ACGGUCGUCCCAGCCCUGCUCGGCUGCCGCGGCGGAGCGGCAGCGGGAAGGCGUCCGGAGCCGUCGUCGCAGCUGUGCCGGCGGGGGAAGGCUCCCCGCAGCCCGGGGGGUCCCCGCAGCAGGGCCGGGGGUGCGGGCGGGCACCCCACCAUGGCCUUCACCAUGCUGCGCCCCGUGGCCGCCCGCGUGCUGUACCCCGACCUCAGCAUGCUCUCGGAGGACGAGGAGAACCGCAGCGAGAGCGACACGUCGGACCAGUCGUUCGGUUGCUGCGAGGGCGCCGAGGCUCGCCGCAAGCUGCCGCGGAAACCGGGGCCCAUGGUGAUGGUGAAGCAGAGGCAGGCGGCGAACGCACGGGAGCGGGACCGGACCCAGAGCGUCAACACGGCCUUCACCGCCCUGCGGACCCUCAUCCCCACCGAGCCGGUGGAUCGGAAGCUGUCCAAGAUCGAGACCCUCCGCCUGGCCUCCAGCUACAUCUCCCACCUGGCCAACGUGCUGCUGCUGGGUGAGGGCUGCGAGGACGGGCAGCCCUGCUUCAGUGCCAUCUAUGGCGCCAAGGGCGACCUGGACAGCAAACAGCCCCGCAGCAUCUGCACUUUCUGCCUCAGCAACCAGCGGAAAGGGGGCAGUCGGAGGGACCUCGGGGGCAACUGCCUGAAGGUGCGAGGGGUCACGCCCCUGCGAGUGUCGCGGAGAUGAGCCGGGCUCCGGCAGCACCCACCUGAGACAGCGGCAGAGGCAGAUGGAGCCAGCACACGCCAGCCCAGAGACCGCAGAGGGGAGGGAGGGAGCUGCUCACCUGAGGGGCAGCAGCUGAGCCCAGGCUGGCACUGCACUGACACUGGCCCUGGAGCUGGCAGUGGGGCGGGAGGAUGCUCCCGUGGCCAAGGCUGCCCACGCGGGGCAGGGCCGGGGAGGGGGGUCCCCGCACCCCAGGGCUGGACUGGAAGGGGCCUGUGUGCGGCCAGCGUCGAGGCGCUCCGGAGGGACAGUGUCGUGGCCCUGGGGAUGCUGGUUGUGCACGUGCAGCCGCUUGGAAAAUAAAACCUUAUUUUUCUGAUGGGCCAGUGCCUGCCUGUCACCCCAUUGUGGGGUGAGGUGGGGGUCCCCGAGAUGGCCCCGGAGCCCCA